AUGGACCCUUCGCAGGCUUCGAGCAAUGUAACGGUCGAAUACACAGAUCCUUCGGGCUUAUUUCCGCUCAUUCAGCCCGUGAUUGAAGCAAAGCUUCCGCUGAGAAAUCUCCACUGGAAAUCGCCAACCCGCCCCGUGCGGUCCAUCGAGUCACUCCGCAUCGGGUUCACACCUGCGCAAGAAUCAAACGAACGCAAAUCAUCGAGCGAUACUGUUCAUGGCACAGUCACCCAUCGCAGGCAUCAGAUCCCUGGUCUACGGCAGACACCAUACCUGAAAGUUUAUCUCCUCCGAUGCGACGACAACGAGACCUACAAGGCGACGGCCCGACGGAACCUUCGCGAAUGGAUCAAGGCCAACGCGUCUUCUCAAAGCUCACAAUCCGCAACUACUAGUCAGGAAAAGCACGAUGCAUUCGAAUGGCUUAUCUUACAUGUGGUACCGGAUGGUGACGCUGCGGAGAAGGCGGCCACCCCUACCUCAAAAUGGGGCCGUGGCUCAACUACGGUGCUGGAAAAAGCAAAGGCUGACUUCAAUGGUUCGUCCAAGUCUGCUGUGGAUCGUGUGGCCCAAUUGCGUCUUCCGAAGCCCGGGACCAAGUCCCUUGAAUUGGGCGAGCAAUUGGAGGAUCUGAUUGAUAAAAUGAAAAACGGCAUUCUCGCUUCGUUUGAUCUGCGCGUGGCUCAAUAUGAGGAGGAUAUAAAGGAGAAAGACUCUCAGCGCAGUUUGCCUGGCUGGAACUUCUGCACGUUCUUCAUCCUCAAGGAAGGCCUUGCUAGAGGGUUCGAGAAUGUGGGCCUCUUCGAAGAUGCUCUGGCCGGAUACGAUGAGCUAGCUGUUGGCUUGGAUGCGGCCAUUCGAGACCAGCUCGAUGGAAGUGGUGACCAACACAGUGGUGCACUCUCGGUCACUAGUAAAAACUGGGCCGAGAUGGCUAAAAGGGCAUUGGAGACUGGGACUUCAGAUGACAGCGACAGCAAUGACGAUGACGGGACUCUAUUCUCGGAGCUUCAGCCGAGGGAUUUCCCAUUUAAUUCCAACAAGAUGUCAUACAGGGAGAUGAUCCUGGCAAGCGAUAUCUCUAUCUUCGAUUUCCGCACAUACAUCUUCUCUCGUCAACUGACUCUGCUACUCCGAGCCGCGAGAGCUCCAUCACUGGCCAAGAGCGAAUCCGAGGCAGACGCUAAUACGUCAAAAUCAGGCAAGAAGCCUGAAAAUCUCAUUCUGCUAGCUGAGAUUUGUGGAAGAGCAACGGAAUUCAUCAGCUUAGCUACACGUACCCUCCGCUACGAUCUCGAAUGCGGUUUAGCGGAGGUAGUUCAUGAUAGUAAGGCGGAUGUUAUCAACAAUAUCGUCUCCUCGUGGGCAUUUUCGGCGGCUUUCCAGAUCCUGGGUCAAACCUUUACUCCGACUCUGAUGCUCCCCGAAUCCUCUCUUCAUGCCGUUGCACAAUCUAGCGAAGCCGCUGCUAUCACAAUGACAGAUUCUCGUGUCGAUCUGCCUCGCCGCUCUAGUUCCCUCAUAGGGGGUGCACGACCUGGCCGGCCAGUGACUCAGGAUAUCUCUGAUAGUGUGGGUUUGAUGCAGCGGCGGUCAACGAUGGAACACCCUAAGCCCGUGCCUGUUCUCCCACAGAAGACUGGCUCUGAACAGCUAUCAUCGGGGAGAGCCGAAUUGCUACUUCUGGCUCGACGGUCCCUCGAGGAGAUUGCUCGCAGACGGGGAUGGGCUGAGAGCUGGAACAAUCUCGGUCUUCUGUUUGAUGAGCGCCAUCGUUCUGGGGCCAGUGGUCUUACGGAGGUCUCGUUGGACGGCGAUGACACUGAAGAGUCAAAGAUAGCUUCCAAAGAGAAGCAAUCGUCACUUGUAGGCAUCAAGCUUUCUGGCCUCAAGGCCGCAUUAAAGUCAAAAGAUGCCUACCUGUUUCUCUACGAAGAUCUCACAGACCGUUUAAUCCGCCAUCAUAUGGCAGCUAAUCGUGUCAACUCUGUCGAACAGGCCCUGGCUGAAAUCGCUAUUCUACGAUAUCGCCGGAAAGACUACGAAUCUGCUGCUUCCUAUUUCUAUCGGAUGGCUCCCUUCUACGGCUCUAAGUACUGGAUUGUUCUGGAAGGAAGCAUGUUGGAACUACAUGCGCGAUGCUUAAAGGAGCUCAAACGGAACGAGGACUACGUUCGGUUGAUGAUACGGUUGCUUUCCAAAUUUGCUACAUAUGCGCAGGCGCAAUUGUCAGUCAGGCAAAAGUCCGUGGCUGGCUCGAUCCCUUCUACUGAGCAGGACAUGUUAGAAGAACAUGUCCAUGAUCUGUUCGAGGCGUCUGGUGCUCUCCAAAAGGAUACCCCUGUUUCUCUGACAGACUUCUUUGCCGACCUCCGUGUUGACCCGACCAUUCGUCUGUAUGACAACAGGGAUGGAUUUCAGAUCAAAUUGUCUUUGCGAUUCCUUUUGGGCCAAAAUAUCGAGAUUGAGAAUCUCAAGGUCCGGCUGAUCCACGCUAACAGCUCCCAACAUUCUGAGCACUGGAUUGAGAGCUCAGCCAAAUUCGUGGUGAAAUCAUCAUCAACGCAGAUUUUGAUUGACUCAUCGACCACACUCCAAGGCAAGUACUUCAUUGACCGUCUCGAGAUGAGGGCCGGCAACCUUGUCUUUAACUUCAACGGCGGGCGAGACUCCACCCUUCCAGCUGGCUUCCGGGAAUCGGAAGACUCAGAGGAAAUUGACGACCAACCGUACAUUUAUUGUUACCCGCCGGCCGAAGCUUUCACGGCGAAGAUCGUGUCACCACAUCUUAUUAACCUCCAGGCCAUGCGGACCCUGGAGCUUGAACUUGACAGCGGACGAAAUGAUAUCACGACUGGCACGAUUCGUGUCCGGCCAGCUACUGCAGGCCUACGACUUCGCCUUGCAGAAACAGAAGUUGUGGAUGGCAAGCUCGAGGUGGAUGCUAACCACGAGUCGGGCAUUAUCGAAUUCGGGCAAUUGCCGGCGCGGUCUUUUGUCCGACUGCGUAUUCCAUACACUGUGGAAGAGGCGUUUUCGACCCUCUCAGCCCGAGCAGAGAUUGGGUAUGAGACCGAGCAAGGCCGAUUCGCUUCCUCGGCAUCAUUCAGUGUUGUUUCAACUCUACCUAUAUCGGUCAACGUGCAAGACAUUUUCAAGGAUGAAUUAUUAUUCUCACGUUUCACCAUCAGCCCGGCCAUGCUGAUCCCGCUUCGUAUCAUGAACUGCAGUCUACCAAGUUCAGACGUUUACAACGUGCAGUCCAGUAUCAUAGGGCCCGUCGCCCUUGAUGUCUUCCCCAAGCAGCCAGCAUCUCUUCUCUAUAAAAUUCGCCAUAACGAAGGCAACACAGCCGCAUCAACGCCGCGUAGCCUUCAGUUGAGUGUUGACUUCACAUGUGUCGACGAUGAGUGUCUCGAUGCAGUCGAAAAACAGUUCGCUGCUUCCAUUGACUCCAGUCCAUUCCGCCAAUACGCAGCACUGCUCACAUCGCACAUUGUCAACAGUUUCCGCGCACAGCUAUCCACAAAUGACAUGGAAGCGAUUGGGCUCAUUCGAGAGGUAAACAUGCUGCCAUAUCGGACUGUGCGAUGGGACGAUCUACUCGGAGCUUUGAAACUACCAGGCGAAGAUGUGCGACAAUGGCUUAAGGAGUGGCACAAGAACAACUCUACCAUCCCCCUCCCCGCUCAACCUACCAUUAUAACCCGCCGCAUCAUCAUCCCCGUCGACGUCCCUGAAAUCCAAGUGGUGCACACAGCCGACCUCCAGCUCCAACCAAAACCCACCACUGACUCCGGGCCCUCCACCCACGCCGCCGUCGGCCAGAUGAUCACCGCCGAGCUAUGUCUCCGCCACACACGACGCUGGUGUUCUCCAUCGACCCGCGAAAACGCUGACCAACCCCUCGAAUGUUCCUACGAGAUUCACGCCAAUCCAGAACAGUGGCAGAUCGGUGGUCGUCGCCGGGGCAACUUCCUCGCACGCGACGGCGAAUCCACCCGCUUCACUGUCCUCCUACUCCCCCAGAAACCAGGCCAUCUCCUUCUUCCGGGUCUUGAAAUCCGUACCUUCUUGCCAUCGGCACCUCAACUCCCAACGUCGCCGCCUACGACUGAUCCCGCUGGUUCCAUGGCGCCGUCUCGUCGCUCGAUUCCUUGUGAGGUUGACUACCGUAACCAUGGCGAGACAAUCCUAGUUCUCCCAGAUCUGAAGAAGACUACCGUUAGUCUUAGUGCCGCUGGCGGUAAUCAUGCUCCCGGUGGGGGAUCUUGGCUCGUUGAUUCGGAGCGACGGACGGAGGAGGUUUAUUAA